GGACAAGAAAAGCAGUGAAGGGAGGGGAGAAAGAGGCAGAAGGAAAGGGUCAUUGUUAAGACGAUGAAACAGAAGUUCAGUUGGGAGGAUUAAAUACGGGGAGGCUCAAGGCCAUCUGAGAAGCUUGGAGACCAGCAGUUGUUUAUACCGACCUUUUAAUACCUUCUUAGCCAGAAAUAGAAACAGAGGGGACUGAAAGAGAAGGUAUAUCAGAUAAUUCCCUUCUCAAACAGCAGUUUCGAUAAUUUCUUUUAUGUUCUUCUUAUGUUUAGCCUUUAAUUUAACUAAUGUUCUAAAGCUUUGACCUGCCUGGCUCACUUAUUAUUAAAAAUCAAUCCCCCAAGUUAUUGAAGACUCCAAAUAACAGCUUGAAAGACAGUGGAAUCAAGUACCCACAGGACAAUAGAAAGUGAUAUCUAGAGAAAACAAAUUGCAGACAUGAAUAUUAUCACCAGGAUCUGAAGUCUCUAAAGGUUGCUCUUCAGGCUUGUCAUGGAUUUUUUUGGAGAAAGGAAAUCUGUGAAAUUAUGUGAAUAGAGAACAUUUUUCAAAAACCAUGGGGGAAAGAGAAAGAAGUCCAGAUAAUGAUCAAGAAAGUAAGACAGAUAAACAUUAUUACUCUUAUUCUUCAUCUGAUUUGGAAACUACUCAACAAUCUUCUGGCCGGUCAUCGCUAGUCAAGUCCUCUUCACCUAAGAGUAAAAAGGGAAAAAAUCCUAAAAGACAGAUUUCAGAUAGCCAAGUACAUCACCAAGCCGCUUGGAAGCCAAGCCCUAAGGAUCCACCAAACAGAAAGGGAGUCCGAGUGGGAUUUCGCUCCCAGAGCCUCAAUAGGGAGCCACUUCGGAAAGAUACUGAUCUUGUUACAAAACGGGUUCUUUCUGCAAGACUGCUAAAAAUCAAUGAAUUGCAGAAUGAAGUAACUGAACUCCAGGUCAAGUUAGCUGAGCUGCUAAAAGAAAAUAAGGCUUUGAAAAGGCUUCAAUACAGACAGGAGAAAGCCCUGAAUAAGUUUGAAGAUACGGAAAAUGAAAUCUCACAACUUAUUGCUCAUCAUAACAAUGAGAUUACAGCACUCAAAGAACGCUUAAGAAAAUCUCAAGAGAAAGAACGGGCAACUGAGAAAAGGGUGAAAGAUACUGAAGGAGAACUAUAUAGGACAAAAUUUUCCUUGCAGAAACUGAAAAAGAUCUCUGAAGCUAGACACCUACCUGAACGAGAUGAUUUGGCAAAGAAACUGGUUUCCGCAGAGUUAAAAUUAGAUGACACCGAGAGAAGAAUUAAGGAACUAUCCAAAAACCUUGAGCUGAGUACCAACAGUUUCCAGCGACAGUUGCUUGCUGAAAGGAAAAGGGCAUAUGAAGCUCAGGAUGAAAAUAAAGUUCUUCAAAAGGAGCUGCAACAACUGUAUCACAAAUUAAAAGAAAAGGAGAGAGAACUGGAUAUAAAAAACAUAUAUUCUAAUCGUCUGCCAAAGUCUUCUCCAAAGAAAGAAAAAGAACUUAGAUCAAGAAAAAAUGCUGCAUGCCAAAGUGAUUUUAUAGACCAAUGUACAAAAGGAGUACAAACCAGUGAUGACUUCGAGCUGGAAGAAUUUCCUAUAACACCACAAACAGUUAUGUGUUAUGAAAACAAAUGGGAAGAACCUGAACGUCUUACUUUGGACCUGGAAUUGCAAGAAAGAGGUGAGCAUGAAGAAGCAGGGAUGCUAAACCCAAUUGUGAAAAGAGAAGAAAAAUUUGUGAAAGAUCAAGGAUUCCGUGUUGUAAAACAGGAGGUUGAGAAGCCGGAGGAUGAGUGGGAAAGAGAAGAACUUGCUAAAAAGGAAGAAAAAGACAAGGUAUCUUUGCUGGAGAGAGAAGAAAAGCCCGCAUUGGAAACUGGAAGAUACCAAAUGGAAAUGUACCAAAUUCAAAACAUUGGUAAAUUAGAAGAAGAGGAAGAAGAAAGGCUGAAGAGAGAAAUGCUACUUGCUAAACUGAAUGAAAUCAACAGAGAACUUCAAGAUUCUCGGAAUCUAAAAUGCCCUCCUCUGCCAUUGCCACCUGAUUUGGAAUCAAAACUGCACUUCCCAGACAGAAGCCCCAAAACAUCCAUGUUCUGUGAAUCCUCAGAGAGAGUGUUUAAUGGGCAUCAUUUGCAAGACAUCAGCCACUUUGCUACAAAAGGAGACGGUCAGAAUCCAGGAGGUAUUAGAAGCCCAGCCUCUCCAAAUGAGCUUGCAUUUGGCAGCUAUGUGCCUUCAUUUGCAAAAAACACAUUUGCAAAAACGUCAAAUCCAUUUAGCCAGAAGAGUGGCCUUUUGGAUCUCCAAAGAAACAGUAUAGAGAAACUUGGUAAAGACAGUGUAGAUUUAAUUACAAGAAAAGAGAAAAAAGCUCAUCUGAUGGAACAGUUAUUUGGUGCCAGUGGCAGCAGCAGCAGCACCGUUUCCUCUAAAAGCAGUGACCCAAAUUCUCUGGCUGCCGGCAAAGGAGACUUUGACUCUCUCAGUUUUCCCCCUGGGGAUAAGAGCAGUAGGGAUAGAGAACGUGAUGAAAAUGAUGACUUUUUCCUCAGCGAAGGAAGAAGUUUUAAUCUAAAUAGACACCGAUUGAAACAUGCAAACAGUAAACCAGCAGUAAAAGUAGUUGAAUCUGUAGAAGAUGAAAUUGAAGAGGUAGUCCUGAGAUGACUGAUGACAGUAUAUACUUUUUCCAAUUCUCACUUCAUCUGCAGAGGAGUUGAUGACCUUGGACUGCUGGGUAUGAUUGGUCUUUAAGAAGCAGUAAUAUACCACCAACCAAGGAGAAAACACUGUUAAAAUGAAGAGUGGUGGAAAUAGUGUGUCAGGGGAAGCAUAAAAAAAUGUAGAUUGACACUUAUUCUAAAGUGAGCUUUUUUUCCUUCAAAAAUUUCAAAAAUUUAGUAUGUAUUUGCUAAUGGUAUGAUUUCUGAUGCCAAGUAUAUAUACUGAUAGAUGAGGGGACCAGAGUUACUGUUUUAUCUUGAGUUCUUAUGAAUGCUGAUUAUUGAAUAUAAUUUCAUAACUAUUUGGCAAGACUUACCUGGAUAGGUCUCUAAUGAAAAGAUAGGCUAUCUGUCAUCUUCUAAAUUGUGUUACUGUCAUUGAUUGGGAACAAUCUCCCAGAAGUGCUAAACUACAUUAAAUUUUUUUUUU